AGAGAAAGUGGGCAGGCGAGGUGGCGGGAUUUUAGUUGAACCCUUCAUUCUGUCAGACAUGCGCAAGAGCGACAGCAGCAGCAGCAGCAGCAGCUCCAGCAUCACCAUCACCGCCGCUGCGCCGCAUUUCUGCCUUGGCUGAGCGGCUCACACCUCGGACAGGACAGGAGAGGAGAGGAGAGGGGAGGGAAGCCGAGAGCCACCGAGACGCAGUGAGUGGGGUGGAGGGGGGGAAACGCAGCGAGUAAAUUCCACCCGAGCAUCCUCCCUCCCUCCCCCCCUCCCCCCAGCCCAGCAGCCUCCACCUUUCUUCAAGAGGCGACCUGUGCGGCGGGCGCCAGAAUGGAGACACUGCGCUAAAAGGACAGGCGGGGGGCACUAAAAAUGUAAGGCUCACCGGAGGGGGAUAUCAGAGGAGACGAGAGCGCGUGCGCGUGCUCGUGCGCGCCAGGAAGAAAGUGGCUACUACCCCCCCACCCUCCUCCUCCUCCUCAUCACCAUCACCAUCAUCUGUCUUCUGCGGGCGAUUCCGGCUCCGCGCUCUGCGGCGUGAAAAUGAAGAAGUUCAACAUCAGGAAGGUGCUGGACGGGCUGAAGGAGGUGUCCUCCUCCGCGCCGUCUGUCCAAGUGGGACCACAGGAGAACCACCUGGUUCAGGAGAACCUCCAGUCCGAGCAUUUCCAGCUCUGCAAGACCGUUCGUCACGGCUUCCCCUAUCAGCCAUCGGCUAUGGCGUUUGACCCCGUGCAGAAGAUCCUGGCCGUCGGCACUCAGAGCGGGGCGCUCAGAUUGUUUGGUCGUCCGGGAGUGGAGUGCUACUGUCAGCAUGAAAGUGGAGCAGCUGUCAUCCAGCUACAGUUUCUCAUCAAUGAGGGAGCCCUGGUGAGCGCKUUGGCUGACGACACCGUCCAUUUGUGGAACCUGAGGCAGAAGAGACCAGCGGUCCUCCAUUCCCUCAAGUUCAACAGAGAGAGAAUAACUUUCUGCCACCUGCCAUUCCAGAGUAAGUGGCUGUACAUCGGCACAGAACGAGGAAAUAUCCACAUUGUCAACGUGGAGUCCUUCAUGCUCUCAGGCUACGUCAUCAUGUGGAACAAAGCCAUUGAACUGUCCUCCAAGGCUCACCCUGGACCAGUUGUACACAUAAGUGAUAACCCUAUGGAUGAAGGAAAGCUUAUAAUUGGAUUUGAGUCGGGGAUUGUGGUCCUGUGGGAUCUGAAAUCAAAGAAGGCAGACUACCGCUACACUUAUGAUGAGGCUAUCCACUCAGUUGCUUGGCAUCAUGAGGGCAAGCAGUUCAUUUGCAGUCACUCAGAUGGAACUCUGACCAUAUGGAACAUCAGAGGCCAAGGCAAGCCAGUCCAGACAAUCACACCGCACGGAAAACAGCCGAAGGAUGGGAAGAAGCCAGAGUCGUGUAAACCCAUACUUAAGGUGGAAUAUAAAACAACUAGAAAUGGGGACCCGUUCAUAAUUUUCUCCGGGGGUCUGUCCUACGACAUGGUGGGUCGGCGGCCUUGUCUGACUGUUAUGCAUGGUAAAAGUAUCGCUGUGCUGGAGAUGGAUUAUCCUAUAGUAGACUUUCUCACUCUAUGUGAAACACCAUAUCCUAACGAUUUUCAGGAGCCUUAUGCUGUGGUGGUCCUUCUAGAAAAAGAUUUAGUGGUGAUCGACCUUGCACAAAAUGGUUACCCCAUAUUUGAGAACCCAUAUCCCCUGACUAUCCACGAGUCUCCUGUUACCUGCUGCGAGUACUUUGCCGACUGCCCUGUGGACCUCAUACCUGCACUUUACUCUGUUGGCUCGCGGCAGAAACGACAGGGCUACAGCAAAAAGGAAUGGCCUAUUAGUGGUGGAAACUGGGGUCAAGGCACGCAGAGCUACUCAGAGAUCAUCAUCACUGGGCACGCUGAUGGAACAGUAAAGUUCUGGGAUGCCUCCGCAAUAAUGCUCCAGGUGCUCUAUAAGCUAAAAACAGCCAAGGUGUUCGACAGGAACCGGUCUAAGGAGGACAAGGGCAACGCGGAGGUGUCGGACGAAGAUCCUUUCGCCAUUCAGAUUAUGGCCUGGUGCCCAGAGAGCCGGGUGCUCUGUGUGGCCGGCGUGUCAGCCAACGUCAUCAUCUACCGCUUCAGUAAGCUGGAAGUAACCACCGAGGUGGUCCAGCUGCUGGAGGUGAGGAUGCAGUACGAGCUGAGCGAAACGGAGUCUCCAGAUGGUGGAGGAGGAGGAGGCGGCGGCGGCGGCGGCGGCGAGCAGACGUCGGCGCAUCCCACCCCCGGUGCCUCCCCGCAGACGAGCGGCCCGCCUUCACACCCGUCUACCAGCAGCAACAACUCCGACGGAGGCAACAUUCCCUGCCUCAAAGUGCGAAGUACUCCUUUGAAGCAGUCUCCAGGUUACCAGGUAGACUUGGUGGUCCAGUCAGUGUGGGUGAGUGGAGAGCCCCCUCAGCCAAUCACCAGUCUGGCUCUGAGUUCCUCCUACAGCCUAGUGGUGUUUGGCAACAGUAACGGUCUGGCUGUGGUGGACUACGUCCAGAAGACAGUGGUGCUCAAUUUAGGAACGGUUGAGCUUUACGGCUCCAACGACCCCUAUCAGAGACAGCCUCGGUCGCCGAGGAAAACACGGCAGCCUUCAGGAGGGCUGUGUGACAUCAACGAGGGCUCGGCCACAUCAGAAGAACGUUGCAAGUCCCCCACUUCAGUGUUGAUGACACACAGCAACCUUCAACAGUUCUACAAUGGAGGUGGUAGAGGAGCAAAGAUGUCACGGAAAUUAAGCUUGCCUACUGAGCUAAAGCCAGACUUGGUCCUCCUGUCCGUGUGCCCACCGCGGGGUGCCAACCCAUUAGACCACCGGGACAACUCCUUCAGCCGCUCGCGCUCCUCCAGCGUCACCAGCAUCGAUAAAGAGGCACGAGAAGCCGUCARCUCCUUCCACUUCUGUGAGAGCUUUGCCCGGAAAGGGGACAGCACCCUGACGCCCUGCCUUUAUGUGGGCACUUCCCUGGGAACUGUGCUGGUCCUGGCGCUCACGUUGCCACCUGCUGGUGAGCUGCGGCAACUGCAGCCAGUUAUCAUUUCACCUACAGGUAUGCUGGUGCGGCUGAAGGGGAGUGUCAUGCGGAUGGCUUUCUUGGACUCUGCAGGCACCCUGCUGCCUUCUGCAUUUGAAUCUUGGUACGAACCCAACAUCACAGCAGACGGCGAAGAAAGAGAAAAGGUCCGUAAGCGCCGGCCCGUCUCCGUGUCGCCCACCACCUCCCAGGACUUCAACGAGAGCCAGUUUGCUGUGGUCUGCUCAGAGAAACAGGCCAAAGUCAUUUCCCUCCCCUCCCAGACGUGCAUCUAUAAACACAGCAUCACAGAGACCUCCUUCAUUUUACGGGCAGAUGUCGUGCAGAUGAACCAAGGCGUGUGCUUGGCUUGUUUUUGCGCCAACGGCCACAUUAUGACCCUCAGUGUGCCAGGACUGAGACCGCUCAUGGAUGUAAACUACCUACCUUUGACGGACAUGCGAAUAGCCAGGACAUUCUGCUUCACUAACCUGGGUCAGGCCAUGUACCUCUGCUCCCCCACAGAGAUUCAGAGGAUCACAUACAGCCAGGAGACGUGUGAAAACUUACAGGAGAUGCUGGGGGAACUCUUCACACCAGUGGAGACRCCAGAGGCACCCAACAGAGGCUUCUUCAAAGGCCUUUUUGGAGGAGGAGCCCAGUCACUAGACAGAGAGGAGCUAUUUGGUGAGUUAGCAGCUGGAAAGGCCUCUCGAAGCCUGGCCCAGCACAUCCCUGGCCCAGGUGGCAUUGAAGGGAUGAAGGGAGCUGCUUCAGGUGUGGUCGGGGAUCUGGCACGUGCUCGGAUAGCGUUGGAUGAAAGAGGCCAGAAGCUGGGCGAACUGGAGGAGAGGACAGCUGCCAUGAUGGCCAGUGCAGACUCUUUCUCCAAACAUGCCCACGAUAUGAUGCUGAAGUGCAAAGACAAAAAGUGGUACCAGUUCUGAUCAGGUGGACCAUUAUCUGACUGACCUUCCAUCGGCUCAUUUAGACUCGUUGUGACUCCCACCCAUCCGUAUGUCCCUCCAAGCCUUCUUCACUCAAACACUCGGGAUUUUCUUCCCCAGCACAAUGUCGAAUACUGUUUUUACCUCAGUCUGACGGUGGAACUGAGGGGUCAGACRGGGGGGGAGACGGACAACCUCAGAGGGAAUAAACGGUGUCCUUUUUUUAUGUUCGAGUCUCUUUAUGUUCAGCCUCCCCUCCGAGGUARCAGAUUGGCCCGAGCACACGGAGAUUCCUCGUUCUCAUUCGCCAAAACGUCCUUCACUGUUGCCACUCUGUGGCCAAUAUUUAAGUCAUGGAAUAUGGCUGAGAAUAUCUAAUCAAGUGACAGAGUUAUGAUAGAAAAAGACAAAAAKAAUUUCAAUGAAUCCUUAUAUAUACAUAGAUCUAAUAAAUGUGCAAUGCUGUA